AUGGCAGGAUAUCCAACGCCUUUAGGUGGUGUCACUAGACAAAUAAACCCUUCAACAAUCAUACAUUCAACAAGUUUCAAAAGAGGUAGCUUUUUGAAUUUUGGUAACAGAACUGCUAUAAUAAAUAUUCCAAAUACUAAUAAAUUGAUCAUUUGGAGUUCAAUCCCUGUGGGUCCUGAGCUAGAACAAGUUAUUCAAUUGGCUUCCAAAAACUUCACACUAGAGAAUGCUGAAAUUAUUGCUGGUAUCUUGCCAGAUAAAGAACACACUAUGGCUGCAAUCGAUUUAAAGAAGAAAUACCCAAAUAUUUUUUUGAUUGGACCUUCUGGAAUUACAGAUAAACCAAAUUUGAAAUUAGAUUAUGCCUUUUCAGAUUCCGAGGCAAACCAAGUUGUCAAAGGUUCAUCAAUCUUGAAAGAUUUAACAAAUUUGGAUUUUGUGUUUUUGAAUGGCCAUGCAAACAGAGAGGUUGUUACAUUUGAUAAAAAUACAAAUACGUUAUUUGAAGCUGAUCUAUUUUUCAAUAUCCCAUGGGAUGGUGUUAAUAAAGAUCAAUACCCAAAUUCUAAUCAAAAUGCAGGUCUUUCCUUCCUGACCAGAUUUUUGAAUCCUGAUUCAAGAGUUGGUGGAUUCUUGUUGAGAAAAUUGAUACUUCAUGGUAAUGCUGAAAAUAGAAAGGGUAUCAGUGCUAUUUACAAUGAAUUUGAAUUUGACUCAAUUGUGAUGUCACAUGGAUCUAUCGUUGAAAAGGACGGUAAAGCUGAGUUCAAAAAGAUCUUUGGUUCAUAUUUGUAA